UGAUCAUACUUGGUAAGCACAUCCCUUGUUUCCAACCCAUUUUGAGAGAUACUACACAGCUUAUCAUCAGACCAUCAAAUAUGAAAAACCAACUCCAAGGUCUUGUCAUUGGAGUUCCUUUCCUGUCCUUGGAGGCACCUUCAUCGGAGCAUUCUUAUCAGUACAAUGAAAUGUUCUGUCCAUUCGAUGGAUCGUCGCGAAAGUUGAAAAAAAAUAAGGUGAAUUUGGUGCUUCAUAGGAUGAACAAGCUCGGGAAGAAAGCAGAUAUUCUUGCGCGUGGCGUUCGAGAACAUGUGAGCCUAAGUCCCAAGAUUACGAAAACAGUAGAAGGAAAGUUGAGAAUUGGGGCAAGAGUUCUUCAACUUGGAGGAAUGGAUAAGGUGUUCAUGGACUUAUUUAAUGUCGGAGAUGGCGAAAGGCUGAUGAAGACCUUUCAAUGCUAUUUGUCGACCUCAAGCGGUCCGAUAGGAGGUCUCCUCUUUAUCUCCAAUGAGAGAGUGGCCUUUUGCAGCGACAGAUGUAUAAAACUGGUUUCUCCGGAUGGAGAAACAACCAAAGUCCAUUACAAGGUGAUGAUCCCGCUUAGAAAGAUAAAGAUGGAAAAUGAGAAAGAGAACUUGGAGAAGCCGUCGCAGAAAUACAUACAGAUUGUAACAGUAGAUAAUUUCGAUUUCUGGUUCAUGGGAUUCUUGAACUAUCAGAAAACACUAAAGCAUCUCCGGCGGGCAAUUUCUCAAACGUAGGCUGUUUCAAGCCGAUUUGAAGAGAUACUUUUUCAUCUUUUAGUUCUUCUGUGUCAGAUAUAUGUACAACUAGGAAUUGUCAACAUUGUGAAAAAGUUGUCAAUGAGGAAAUGCUGUUAAAUCCAAUGUCCUCUCUCUAGCAGCUUUCGAAGACGACAUUCUAAUUGGAAUACUUGCUGUGAGAAAAAUUGACGGGCAGUUUAAACUUUGUGAAACUAUCUUGAUUAGCUGCCCGAGAAGAUGGUUAUCUUUCUUUU